CUGAAUUGUGUGACGUACUUCCUCUUUAAGAGAAGCAAUAUGGCCACUAGCGCAGAGGUUGUUGCUCCCAGCAGUGAAGAGGAAUCCGCAGAGACUCCAGCAGCGCUGAAGAGGGAAGAUAGACUCAGAAAGUUCAGAGAGCUUCAUUUCAAGAGGAAUGAGGCCCGUAAGCUGAAUCAUCAGGAGGUGGUGGAGGAGGACAAGAGACUGAAGCUGCCCUCCAACUGGGAGGCCAAGAAAGCUCGUCUAGAGUAUGAACUCGUGGUGGACCAAAAGAAGAAGGAGUGUGCGGAGCGUGGCGAGGACUACAACCGUGUGAAGCUUCUGGAGAUCAGCGCUGAAGAUGCAGAGAGAUGGGAGAGAAAGAAAAAGAAGAGAAACCCUGAUCCAGGGUUCUCCGGGUACGCUGAGGCCCAGUUGAGACAGUACCAGAGACUGACGAGGCAGAUCAAGCCAGAUAUGGACAACUAUGAGAGACAGAGAGAGGAGUGUGGAGAAGAUUUCCACCCCACCUCCAACAGUCUGAUUCACGGCACUCACGUUCCCUCUAAAGAGAGCAUCGACCGCAUGGUGGACGACGUGGAGAAACAGAUUGAAAAGCGCGCGAAAUACAGUCGCCGCAGGGCCUACAACGACGACGCGGACAUCGAUUACAUCAACGAGAGGAACGCCAAGUUCAACAAGAAGGCUGAACGUUUCUACGGGAAAUACACCGCAGAGAUCAAACAGAACCUGGAGAGAGGAACAGCCGUGUAGAGACUGUUACUCUCGACUCCAAGCCUCCAUCCGCUAAGAAGUCAUUCGCAAAUAUUUUUAAGAUGUGCUCCGUUGAGGUUUUUCUCCUCUACGGUGGUAGUUUUUUUUUUUCUUUUCUUUUUUCUUC